AUGGCGGAGCCCACUCUCUGCUCCUUCCUCACCAAGGUGCUGUGCGCGCACGGAGGCCGCAUGUUCCUGCAGGACCUGCGCGCACACGUAGAGCUGUCGGAGGGGAGGCUGCGCGCAGCGCUGCAGGCGGCUGGGCCCUCGCGUUUCCUGCUGCAGGACGUGGCCGAGCCCGAGGGGCCCGAAGGCCUGCCGCUGCUGGACUCGGCCGCCCCGGAGGGCCCGGGCGGCGCGGGCGCGGCCUGCAGGGUGGUGGCUGUGUCGGCCGCACGGCUCUGCGCACGCUACCAGCGCGCCGAGUGCUCGGCCUGCGACCAGCUGCACCUCUGUCGCCGCCACAUGCUGGCCAAUUACCCGCACCGCGACUGCUGGUCUACGUGUACCCUUUCCCAUGAUAUCCACACGCCUGGCAACAUUCAAGUCCUGAAAAACCACGGGAUUUUUGGCCUCAAUGAAGCCCAGCUUCGGAUCCUGCUUUUGCAGAAUGACCCCUGCCUUUUACCAGAGGUCUGCUUGCUCUACAACAAAGGUGGGGAUCCCCUCUAUGGCUACUGCCACCUCAAGGACCAAUGCAACAAGUUCCAUGUGUGCAGGGCGUUCGUCAGGGGGGAGUGCAAGCUUCCGAACUGCAGGCGCUCUCACCAGCUGGUCCACACCGCUGCCCUCCCGGUGAUUGAGGACCAGGGCCUGAACCUUCUGAGUGUUGUAAAUUUCCAGAUCAUUGCCACCUACAAGCACCAGACGCUGCACCAAAUGCUGGAGAAUCAAGACAAUUCCGCUUCUGAGAGACAAGGCAUGCAUGGAGCUGGGGGCCCGGUCUCCACCCGUGCAGCCCAGGAGCCAGCCCCAGUAAACCCCAAAGGGCAUCCGUGA